AUGAGAUAUGCCAAAGGACUGGAGGAGACGGACAUGUGGCAGGAAGUCACUGGUGGGAUUGGAGCGGAGGAGUUGGGGGGUGGAGGCGAGAAGGGGAGCGACAGUGGAAGGGGAGGAGAUGCCGAGGUGGGAGGAGAAGAAGCGGUAGAGGUAGAGGAGGGAGGAGCGAGAGGUAGCACGUCUGGGACGAAGUGUCGUGCAUGCUCCCACCUCAUCCUCCCGCAAUCCAAGCGCCUCAAACUCCGCUCCAACGGUCGACUUGUCAUCGGCCGUCGAUUGUAUCUUAAGCUCGCUCUCUCUCAACACUCUCUCGCCCUUCACCUUGCACUUUUGUCCGACAUUCACCUCCUCGCUUCCUCCGGAAUAUUGAGCAUGUGCCCCCCUUCCCUGCAGUGCAUCGGAGGUACCUUCCUUUCAUCCACACUCCACACUCCCCUUUUCGUCCUCUUUCCCUCGCCCUACCCUUCCCCUUUCCUCCCAUACCAUCCCCUUUCUCUCCUCUUCACCUCUCAUUUCCCUAACCUUUCCCUCACCUUACCCUACCCUUUCCCUCCCCCUUUUCUCCCCUUUCCCACACCUUUCCCUCCCGUUCUCCCCCCUUCCCCUCCUCUUGCCUUCCUCCUUCCCUCCCAAGCCAGGCGUGGCGGGAGUGUGGCAGAGCUGCGGAGCACAACCCCCAUGUAG